AUGGCCUCUGGCAGCACACAUGAAGCAGCAGCUCUGAGCAACAACAAUGACUCUCCUGCUUUUGUCCUGCUCGACAUCCCUCGCUCCCUAGAAGAAGCCCAAGUUCCUCCAGGCCACCGGCCUGCGGCUCGUAUCGUCUCCGGAACUCCCCUGCUCGAGCCUUUUGCUACACCGGAGCCGCGCAAUGGAGCAUCGGCGGGCCAUGCGCCGUCUGUGGGAGCUCGCAUUGCUGAACUGAUGGCUGCGGCGGCUGCUCAGAGCGCAUUGGAUGAGCUUCGGGGUCAGUAUUCGGGGCCUUUUUUUCUGGACCGGGUCUGUCAUUCUGCAGAGGAGAAGGGGGUAUCUAUUGAUGACGACCAUGUUGAUGUCGGCGCUGAUGAAUCGGCUGAGGCUUCUCGCAUCAAGGUUCCGAUUGGAGCUGAAUACCUCCACGGAUCGAUCCAAGACUUGCGGCAGACAUUUGUCGACACGGCACCGCAGUUCAACCUCAUUGUCCUUGAUCCUCCAUGGCCCAAUCGAUCUGUUCGCAGGAAAAAGACAGGUAGUUACAGCACUGCCUACAACCUCACGGAAAUCCAGCAGCUUCUCCUCAGCAUUCCUGUCCCCUUACAUCUUGCUCCCGACGGCCUAGUAGCCAUCUGGAUCACAAACAAGUCUAGUGUUUUCGACCUCGUCACCUCUCCCAGAGGGCUCUUUGCAUCUUGGGGUCUGGAGCUGGUAACACAAUGGACAUGGCUCAAGAUCACAUCCUCUGGCGAGCCAAUCUUCGAUAUGGAAUCCACUUGGAGAAAGCCGUGGGAGACGCUUCUCAUAGCAAAGCGCAUUGGCGUAAAAGCUCCGACCGGGCUUAAACCUCGGGUCAUUGUGGCGGUUCCAGACGUACAUUCGCGGAAACCGAGCCUUCGGUUCUUGUUUGAGAAUAUUCUUGGGAGGGAUUACGCUGCUUUGGAAGUGUUUGCACGGAAUCUGACUUCUGGGUGGUGGAGUUGGGGGGAUCAGGUGUUGCGGUUCCAGGCGGCGGAGCAUUGGAUCAAGUCUUGA